UUUUCAUCUGGGAUUCAAUUAUUUUAUCGAAAUUUUCAAAUUCACAAUCUUUUUUCGUCUGGGUAUCAAUCUUUUUUGAUAAAAAGUUCAAGAAUCACUUUUUUUUUAUCCGGGGCUCAAGUUGUUUUUUCUUUUUUUUUGCUAACAGACUCGGAUUUAUAACGUUUUUUCCAUCUGGGUAUUAAUAAAGUUGCAAUCUUUAAGCAUGGAGAACAACAAUGAAUCAUCUUUUUGGCAAUUCAGUGAUCAACUUCGUGUGCAAAGCAACAAUCUUUCAAAUCUUUCUCUUAACGAUUCAAUUUGGAGCAAUUCCUACGUGUCAAAACGGCCGGAAAAAGAUCGCCGGAAUUUUGACAUCCGUGUCGGCGGUGGCGUCACGAAUCCCGCAGCUGGAAACAUCAAUUCAGGCCCGUCAGCAAAUACAAACUUUAAUGGGUUCAACUUUGAUUGGAAGAUCGGGUCAUCUGGUGUAUUCGGGUCAAGUAAUCAAAACCUAAACCCGGUUGGCGAUUUUGGGAUUAAUGGUGGAUUUAAUAAAGGGAUUUAUACAAAACCCAGUUUGAAUAUUGAUCAAAAUCUUAAUCAAAGUUUUAAACAGAAUUAUAAUCAGAUCAGUAACAGUAAAGUGGUAAAUGGUAAAAAUGGAGAUGAUAAACAAGGUAAUAAUUUUGGAAGUAAGCAUGGGAAGAAUAAAAAGAACAGUAAUAAUAAUAAUAAUAAUGGUGAAAAAGAUGGCAGUAAAAACAGUGUGGAUAAGAGGUUCAAGACAUUGCCACCUUCAGAAUCUUUGCCUAGAAAUGAAACUGUUGGUGGUUACAUUUUUGUUUGCAACAAUGACACUAUGCAAGAAAAUCUUCAAAGGCAGCUCUUUGGUUUACCACCUCGUUAUCGCGACUCAGUGAGGCAAAUCACACCUGGUUUACCUCUUUUUCUCUACAAUUAUUCGACUCACCAACUUCAUGGAGUUUUUGAGGCUGCAAGCUUUGGGGGUACUAACAUUGAUCCAUUGGCCUGGGAGGACAAGAAAAACCAAGGCGAAUCUCGCUUUCCUGCUCAGGUGCGAGUCUUGACAAGGAACGUUUACGAGCCAUUAGAAGAGGACUCUUUCAGGCCAAUACUUCACCAUUAUGAUGGGCCUAAGUUCCGCCUUGAGCUCAACAUUCCUGAGGCUAUCUCACUUUUGGACAUAUUUGAAGAGAAGAAAAACUAAAGGGCAUUGGCACAGAGGUUUUCCAAAAUACACAUGGAAAACAUACACAAAAUGAUACAAAGUUUUGUGUGCGCGCUAUAUCAUAGUAGAAAGUUUUUUUAGUCGAGGAUAGAAUUAAUAUAUGGUUAGUUAUCUAUAGUGAGCUAAGCGUGGGAUAUAAGACGUGUGUAAACUUCGGGUUGUAAAUAUGUUACACAUGGAAUGUUGCUACAAUAAUAAUAAACAAAACUUGUUACUUCAA